AUGUCACCCCCUGCCACAAGCUUGAAUGAUGAAGACAACACAAAUGAAGAUUUAUUUCCUUCGAUCACUUCACCAACCUCCAAAAUCAAAUCUCUUAAAUCUCUCAAAGCUAUCCACAAAGAAAUUUCUUCCAUUCUCAACCCAAAAUUCGAACAAUGUCGAUUUCUCUGUCCAGCCACUCAAAUCAUUUCGGAAACAAGACACCGAGUGGUCAUUCUAUCACUCAUCUAUCAUCGACAAAAUCGAGGAGAAUAUGCUGUAUUUAUAUUUAAUGAAAAUUUAAAAUUGAGAGAAUGUAUUCCGAUGAAGAGUUUUAAUUUUUUUAUUCAAUUACAACAACCACAACUGUUGACCACAAGUGGAACGAAGAGAAAUUAUUUAACGACUUUGGAAGAUCAGGAAAUGAUGAAAAAAUUUUUUGAAAAAUCAUGGAAUGAUGACAACGACGACGACGAUGAAUAUCAAGAUGAUUAUACGGAAUUGAAUGUAAGAGAUUUUAAAGAUGAAUCAUGGAAGACACAUAAAUUCCUUGCAACAUCCACUCGACUCGUUCUCUAUCAAGUCGUGAAUGAGCAAGCUCAGGAUUUUGUGUUUGCAUUUCAAAAUGAUCAACAACUCAUGACAUGUCUCAUGACCUUGUCAGGAAUUUGUUCAGAAUUGGAUGUUGAGAAUGAACAUGUGGAAUUUGAUCAAGUUUUUGAACUUCCCUAUGAUUUGGAAUAUGCCAUGUUUAAAGAUGAAGUAUAUGAUGAAAACAAAUCAAAUAUUUACAAACCUCCCAAUGGUUAUCAAUUUUUCACAUCACUCUCGAAUAUUAAGGAUCAAAUGAAGAGAGCUAACACCUUUAUGAACAUGUCACAACAAUCCAUUUCUUUGAGACAUCAAAUUCAAAGAAGAGCUUUGGAACAAGGUUUUACAAACAAUUCUUCACAAGACAAGUCACAAAAGAGACUUUCCUCGAAAUUGUCUUCGCCAGGUGUCUUCUCAGUAGGAACUCCUCCUCUUUCUUCAUCGUGGAAUCUUUUGAAUGCAUCAUCAAAUUCGAAUAAGGAAGAGAAACGAAAAUCUCUCAAUAACUCUCUCUAUACCUCACUCUUACAAUCCAGUGUCAUGAAUAACAGUAAUAGCAACAAUACUAAUUUACAAUCUAAAUCGACCUUGUCAAAUUUGACACCUCAACCAUUUGAUUGGGUUCUCUUUUUUAUUGAACGCUAUGAAUUGGAUGUGAAUGAAAUUGAAUUUUUAAAUCCACUCUAUCAAGAUAUGGAAGAUGGAGAAGAAUUAACAGAAAUUCAAAUUAUUGAGAAAAAGAAGGCAACCUUGGUCGAGGAAGAUCUUGUCACCAUUUCAACCAUGGUGUCAAAUUCGACAUCCGUCUUGAAGGAUGGACAACACGAAAAGAAGAAUUCUAUUGGAACUGGACCAGAAGAAGACGAAUAUGCAUGGUUAUUGAAACGUUCCGAAUAUGAUAUUGAAGAAUUUGUUAAUUCUAUUCAGAGACAUUUAUGUGUGAAAAGUGAAUCCAAGAAACAUUCUUCAAUCAGUUCAGGCACCACACCAACCAUCAACAAGAAUGGAAAUUCAACUACUACUACUACUACAACGAAUACCACUCCAAAGACAACAAUCACUACUACAUCUGUGAACUCUUCGAAAGGAACAAUACCAACAUUGACGACCAGCAAGAUGGUGACCACAAGUGCUCAAAACAGUGUUGGAGUAUCUCCAGUGUCAUCACCUCAGUCACCACCUCAGAUCAGUUCGACAACAUCACCAACCACUACUUUGACAACAAGUGUUCAAUCUACCUCAUCCGAACCCAUUCCAGUUUCGGGUUAUCAAUCAAGUUUGAUUUCAAAAUUACAAAGCAUGUCAAACCUUACUGGAACCUCACCAGUGGCAACAACAAUGACACCAAAUUCACCUCCUACUAGUGUGGCCAGUUCAACACCUCCUACUUCCAAUGUUAAGGUCAUUGGUUCAAAACAAGCCAAUGUAGCAGCUCAACAACAAAAGGAAGAAGAUGACGACUCGGAUAUUUCGAUUAGUAUUUCUUCUUCUUCUGACGGUGAGGAUGAAGAUGACGAUGAUUUAAUGCUCAGUAGUGAUGAUGAUGAAUAA